CUCACAGCUUUCUCGCACACGAGCUUCACAGUGGCCAAAUAUGGUCCAAACUCUUCAUUCAUCCUUACUGCUGGGUGUCCGUCCCAUUCAGGUCACCGACUCUGUAAUUCAUGCUGCAUUUCAUGACGGUCUUGACCAAUCCUUAUCCCUAAGUCAUUUUUCUUUCAUUGCAGUUAUCUCCGGUUCAUCCAAGUACAUUUUGCACCAAGCAUAUGCAUGUCGUCAGCUCUCAUCUCCUGUCCAACUUUUUCCUUUUCUGUCAUUCGAAACGUCUGGUGACACCAACUUCAAGUCCGAUAUGGACAUCCUGCUCCCCAGCCUCCAGGAGCAUCUCAAACGCUACUUUAGAGGCAUUGGCCACCCAUUGCAUCCUUUGUUUGCAGGUGUUAUUGAGCCUGCCCAGCGUGCCAUUGACAAUCAAGACCUAUGCUAUCGUGCACGCCGCUUCAUCAAAUUGAUGAGUGGUAUUAGCCUUCUCCCUUCUGACGACAAAUCAUUCACUAUCAUUCUGAAUCAAAACAUCCCUGACAUGGCGACCUUUAAUAAGCAGUAUGAUGUUCAGAGUGAUCUUUUACCGCCUGUGUUUCAUGCUUGCACCUAUACAAUGGACUUGUUCGCUAACCCAGUACUUCGUACAUUUUUACAACACCCCCUUCCAGGUGAUGACUUGACAGUAACUCCAUUUGACAUCUGUCUACAUGCAGCUCUGUUUGAUGCUGGUCAUGAUGUUUUCAAUGCAUGAAUCUGCACUUCGUAAUUCACAUUCCUUUGUAACUUGCACUCACACAUACUUUUCUCUUACUAGACUGAUACCAAUAGCAUCGACUCGUACUCCCAUCAUUAAAAUACAGCAGAGAAUGAU